AGUGCCCUAACAUGAAAUGAGCAUUGAUUCACGGCACCGAUCAAGAUAUUACGAGGUAGAAUUAUACCUGUCGUUCACUUCUUAAGACAAAAUUAAAGAUACGCUACAAACAUGUAAAAUUACAGAACUGUCCAGAAAGUAAGACAGUCAUUUCGUAACGUAAAGAUAAGAGCUGUAGUAUACAUGUACUGUCAAAUUUAUUACUAAUUUCACGUAGAACUACCAUCAUUAAAUGAAGUCCAAUAUGGCGACAAAACUAUUUCUUUUUCUGGGCUAUUUUGCACUAAUUGGUUGUUUUAAACCACCAUCAACAUCGGAUAUUUCUGAAACAGUUCAUAAAUUGUUCGAAACAAUACGAGGAAUGCAAGCGACAAAGACGAUGCUGCCCGAUCCACCAAUGGAAUGGGCAAAAUUCAAAGGAAAUUAUGAAAGUGAUGUCAAAUUGUAUUUCCAUGGUAACUCGACAAUGAGUGCCUUACGUUAUAUGUUUAAAGUGUAUGAUAAUAACAUGUUUGCCACGGCAUGGAUAACGUUGUGUUUAGUUGAGGCCUAUCGCUAUGGAAACGCACCGAAACCAACAGAAGACCAAGUAAUUAUGUCGGUUGAUGCUAUUAUGGACCAUAGAAAUAAGAAUUUGAAAUAUGCAAAUUCAAUCAUGGCGUUUUGGCCUCAAAUUUUGGAUGAAGAAUUUAAGGUUUAUCAAAGUACCCCUGUUAAUCUUUUGGCAAUGUUUAAUUUGACCCAGACUACAAAUUGGACUGUAGUUUAUGAACUGUUUGAUAAAAUUGGACUGCAUGAUGUAACAGAAAUUAUGAAGCAUCUUCUGGCAACAAGAGAAGGGUAUCAACACGUGUUUAAAAUCCCACCCGACUUCGACGACACUUCAGUAAAUUUAGGUCUAGGAUCACUCCUGAGAGAUAAUGUUAUACAUUUCCCGUACGCAAGCGCAGCAUGGGAAGGACAAAACAGUAACUUGUCUUCUGUAUUUAAUGCCAUGAAGCACUACGCUUACCGACCGUUGUCAGGAGACAGACGUGUCAACACCAUAGAUACCAGAACAUAUUUUUACAUGCGGAAAUUUUUAGAAAAGGCUGCUUCAGAAAAGAAAGAUGUUUCCUUAGUAACGACUUGGGUACAAGAUCUUGUUGAUGUUAAAACGCAAUAUUUUCAAGGAAUCGAUACUCCUGGGAAUGUAAACAACGUUGAUAUAACUGUUUGUGCGAAUGCUCUUUUCGGAAUCACCAAUGCAAUAUUAUCUGGUCUGGUGACGUCAGAGGUACUUUAUGAUCCAGUAUUGCAGCAACUCUAUUUGAAUACGUCAACCAUGAUCGAGUUCCAGAUUCAAACCAACUUUUCAGGUAGACCAGAUCUCGCGCUGACAUAUUAUCCGUCUGUGUUCGAGUUUUACUGGUUCGUGGCACGAACGUACACCCAAUUAGAACGAAAGGCAAGGGUAGGAGAACUACCCCAUGAGGCAAUGAGAACCGUAAUGGAAGGUCUUGGUAGUGCACUAAAAGGCAAUAUGACACAGCAUGUCAUUUCUCAAUCCAAAAUGGAGGGCAACGAUAUGAUUUAUUAUGAUGAUUUCCUUGGUGAUGGUGAUGUCGAUAACAACAAACAACCUGUGAUGUUUGGUGAAGAUCGUCUGUGGACUACAUCAAUGGCUAUAAAUGCCCUCAUUACAACAUGGACAGUUUACAAUGACACCACACAUAAACUUAACUGGUACGACGAUACUCCGACAGAAGUCAAAACGACAGUGCAGAAAGCGACGACCUGGUUGAACACGUACAUUUUGAGCGGGAAAUAUCAGCCUUGGAAUGCUUUCUUCUCAGGAUCUUUCAAAGGUUUUGGUACAUCGCAAACUGAAUAUCCAGCCAAUCGUGACGAGUAUUUCAAUGGUACGAAGAUACCAGGGGACGAACAUCAUCAUGGUCCGACAAUAAGAGGAAUGGAAGGAGUGGCGACAGAAGAAUGGUACAAACAACAGUUAAUGAUACCUCAUUCUGAUCGGCUUACUCCAAUAGACUUCCAUGGUUUCAACGACCAAGACACAUAUUUUCCGUUCUGGAACUCGGAACCAUAUACAUAUGUUACUUCUCUGUUGGCACUGUCAACGUUUCCUAACAUAGAAUAGAUCAAAAUAAAGCAUAUGUUGUUUUCCUUUAUUAAUUGAUUGUUCUUUCAAGAGGGUAUCGCAUGGAUGGUAGCUCUUUAGUCCAUUAUUGGAUGACACAAUAAAUGAUAAUGGGUCCGAAAAAUAUAUAUAAACAGGCCAUUUUAAGAUUAAGAAGAAUAGAAAAUAAUAAGGUACUAGAAUAUAAAGAAUCCGAAAGAUACAGCUAGUUCUAUUGUUUGAAAAUACUUUAUAUGUUUGUAGAACACUUAUUGAUGAAGAUCUAAUGCACUAUGGGUAAUGUUUACACCAAACGUUAUGAUUGGUUUAAAAUGUCCUAAAUAAUUGAAAUUCAACCAACGAUGUUACGUUAUUUUCACUUCGGGAUACGACCAAUGAAAUUAGCCUCUUAAAAGGGAAAUAGCUGUUAUGAAAGGCCAUUACGCAAGCACCUGGUAGAAACAUGUAUUGAACUUUUGUAUAUUUUCUUUCGACAAUGCGAUACUUAUUACAGUUGUUAACAAUUUAAUCGUUUUUCAGACCUUUUGGUCUCAGUUCCCAGCGAACCGAGAUGAAUAUUUUAACGGAACUAAAGUACCCCAAGACGGCAAAUACCACGGCGG